AUGUCAGCCAUUGCUCAAGCUGAUGGUGAUGAUGAUGAAGCCGAAGCAGUGAAUGAAGCAGAAGGACUCGAAUCUGCAUCAACAGCGACGACGACGAUGAUGAUGAUGAUGAUCGACGAGCCGCCGUCGCCACAUCGCAUCGACAUGCAGUUCUUCAAUCCCAGCAUUCACGAUACGAGUCAUGGUCGUGCUAGUAGUAGCAGCGGCGAUGGAACAGUUGCUGCUGAGCAUGGUCAAAGCCAGCGAAGCAUGGACUGGGACGCGGCGGAGGGGCGAGUCAAGCCUGGCCACCACGCGCUCGGGCUCACCCAGGCAGAGUUCUUUCGCUUCACUGCGACGGGCACGCGACACGAGACCAUCGCACAGACACUCGCGCAGAUCAAGACAUUCAUCAGGCAGCGCGACGAGCACGCGCGCCAGCAGGCAGCCCAGUCUGCGCGAACGACCUUGUCGUCGUCGUCGUCCUUGUCGUUGCCGUCGGCGUCCGCUUCCCACCAAGCACCGCCAAGUCGACCCGUCACCAACUUCCCAAGCGAUAUUCCAAUGGUUGUGCCGUUGCUGACAGCGCUACCGGCGGCGCCAAGCGCGCAGCUCACGUCAAAACUCGCGUUCGCUCCGUCGCGCCGUUCUGCCCUCACGCAAGACCGCUUGGGCCGCUACGCUCGGCUGUGUGAUCGGAGGGUGCAAAUAGCAUCCUACCGACCACCCCCACCACCUCCUCCUGCUGCUGCUGCUGCUGCGACUGCAGCGUCGUCCUCGGGCGCACCAUUAGCAGCCUCCUCCGCCGCUCCGCAGCAACAACCACCAGCGCCACUCACCCAGCUCGAAGUGAAAGAACUGUUGGAGCUGACGACAGCCAUCACGGCAGAGCAAGCCGAGUUUCGCAGCGAGUUUCGAGCCUGGGCGCUCCACCACUUUUUGGGCCGCUACUGGCAUGUGCCCACCGAAGUGCUUGGACUUGUGGAUCGUGUGCUGAGUCUGCAGCGAGCUGCGCUAGUCUCGCAAACACCGCCGUUCAUGCUCCGACACAGCAUAAGCUCGCUGCGAACGGUUGCGCUGCCGUCCGACCGCCUACCGUCGCAUCUUGCCCAUUUGUUGCAGGUUGGGCCAAAACCGGUUGAAAUCUCGUUCCAGCACAAGCUUCCACAGAUACCUCUCGACCAACCCUAUCACACAUUGAAAGCUCCUCAAGAGGCUGCGGCCGCCGCACCAGUCCCCAUCUGGCAAAAGUCGUCUCUGCCCCAAAUGUCUGCUGACGCCAAUGUGGCCGCUCUUGCGCAAGACAAAUCAUUCCAGGUCGCCGUUUCCGCUGGAACGUUCGCCAUGCUGGCAGCAAACGUCCGUGGGCGGUUUGACAGCGACUGGGACAUACCCUUUACGUUGUCCAACGUGACCAAGCCGGAUGGGCUGGUCGAGCGGCUCCUCGUCUUUGAUAAACCCCUGAUUCCUCAUCGUCUCACGCCUCGUGCUAAAUCCACCAAGUUUUAUUCAUGGGCAUUCCGCAGUCAGCUCAUCACGCCUGCCAAGCAAGCUUCGACGUCGGAAACGCAUGAAUCGGAGGCUUCGACUGACGGGCCCGUUUCGUACGAUCUGUGGCAAAUUGGCCGAGUCAAAGUUCUCGUUCGCAGUCGCACUGAUACAUGUGUCCAGUCCUCUCAAGGGCAGCUGGUGCCAAUCUACUUGAAGGCAAAGCCCGAGCUCUUGUGGCAUGUCGGCAAGGAAGAGUUUUCCCAAAGCGCGAUCGCCAAGUUAUGGACGAGCGCAUACCUGCGAAGAGGCGCGCGUCUGGGCAUUGGCUCUGUGGAUGUUGUUUCUCACACCGUGGUGGAUGUGGAAAUGCGCGAUGGGCCCAGUAUGCUGAGGGAGACCUUGGCCAUGGAGUUUCAGCCAGUUGUGGCGCUCAAAUUUUUCGAAAAGCUCGUUGACGAGGUGUUGCAGUUGCCAUUUGAAGGCGCCGGGUUGGUUCGCUAUCUCGCCAAGUCCGAAAACGUCACCUUCCACUCGUUUAUUGCUCCAGAGAGCAACGCGGCCGGUCUGACGGCCGCACCCAGCGGAGCCGAAAACCUGCACGAGCAGAACGCGUCGUCCGGUGCGACGGAUUUGUCGUGUAUUGACUUUCGCUUUGUUCCUCGGCUCGAGUUUGCGACCGACAUUGCGUUUCUCUAUCCAAUCCGCAGCGCUCCAGCCGCCGCGAGUGGGCCUAGCGCGCGCUCUGGCAAGGCAUCGACGACAGAGGCAGCCGCCAGUAAGCACACCAAGAAACGGCGCCCGAGCCAGGGCGAGGAUGGUGCCAGCCAAGCUGAAGGCGCUGCUGCUGCUGCUGUCGCUGAUCAGGAUAAUGCCGAGCUCCAGCUACAGCAGCACUCCAAGAAACGCUCUGGUAAACCCAACCACCACAAGCAGCAGCAGCAGCAGCACGAGAAGCAACAACAUCACCACAGUGGAAAUGCGCACCACCGACCACAUCAGCCACAUCAGCCGCGAAGCAAGGAGCCCCACCGACAAAACCCCAACAACCACCAAGGCACGCACGCACGAAAAGGCAACGACGACGGGCAAUAG